AAAUGUUUUAGAUUAAAAUAUAUCGAAAUAAAGUAACAUGAGUCGGAAGAAUGACAGUACUAUGACAUUUCCUUCCAAACCUACCACAAUCAUCAUGUAAUCACUGCUUCCUACCACCCAAAUCCUCUGUUGAAGCCUUCACUUUUGCCCCUUUUUCCAUGGCUGCCAUCUUCCUCCUCCUCCUCUCCCUGCUCACCUUCACCGGGGAUGUCAUCUCCACCACCACUCCCUACCUCUCAUCCGAGACCCUCUUUUCCAAUUACGACAAGAUGCUCGACUCUUUCAAAAUCUUCAUCUACCCUACACCACCCAUCACCGGAGGCACUAUCUUCACCACCACACAAGAGUCCCAAUUCUAUACAUCCCUCCUCAGCAGUCCUUUCGUGACCGAAGAUCCUAGCCAGGCUCACCUCUUCUUCAUCCCCUUCCCUUCAUCUCUCUCAACGCGCAAUCUCGCACGUCUGAUCAGAAAUAUUCGUGGUAAUUACCCUUUCUGGAACCGCACACUAGGUGCCGAUCACUUUUACCUCUCAGCCGCCGGUGUUGACUCGUCUUCAGACAGAAACAUCGUCGAAUUGAAGAAGAAUUCUAUUCAGAUCUCUUGUUUCCCGACGUCUUCCGGUUUGUUCAUCCCGCACAAGGACAUAACGCUCCCACCGGUGCAUCCGUUCAAAGCAAAAUCGUCGGUCAACAACACGCUGUCGUUUCUCGGUUACAUGAAACCAAGCGGGAGAAGUUCGUCAACAUUAAUUGAAGAAAUUAAGAAGCAUCCGGAGUUCAAGGUUGAAUCGGAGCCGGGGAACAGAACGAGGGAAUUCAUAAAGAGUAGCAGAUUCUGUUUAUUUCUGUACGGCGACGACAUGACGUGGAUGGUGGAAGCGAUGGCCUUACAGUGUGUGCCGGUGGUGAUUACCGAUCGUCCGAUUCAGGAUCUGCCGUUGAUGGACGUGAUGAAGUGGUCGGAGAUGGCGGUGUUUGUGAGUUCAAGUGGUGGCGCAAAGGGACUGAGAAGGGUGUUGGACGUAAUAGAGUUAAACGGGUAUGAGAAGAUGAAGGAAUCUGGUGUAGCGGCAACACAGCAUUUAGCAUGGAACGCGGAGCCGCAACCGCACGAUGCAUUUCACAUGAUUAUUUAUCAGCUGUGGCUGAGACGGCAUACGAUUAGAUACGCCAGAUGGGUUGAACAGUAGCUGUUUUUUUUAUUCCUUUUCCUAUUUCAAGAUACCAAAUAAAAAAUAUUUACCACAAUAGACGUGAACGAGUGAUUUUUAUUUAUAAACUUAUUGUACAAGUA